AUGUUUUAUCAGGUCGUUGUAUCAAUAAAAUGUUAUGUUUGUAAAGAACCUGAUAGAAAAUGUCGUGAUCCAUUUCAAAAUGAUACUAUUUUUUUGAAAGAUUGCUCACAAAUUGGUAUGGGUAAUGCCACAAUGUGUCGGAAGUAUAUGUGGGAAAUUGGUGAUGGUACACGCUAUUAUAUGCGUGGAUGUGCUGUACGUGGUCGUGUAAGUCGAAAACAAGGUCGUGAUUGUAUUGAACGUCUUGGUACAUGGAAAACAAAAAUGUGGUAUUGCCAAUGUGAUAAUAAAGAUGGAUGUAAUGAAAGUACAAAUAUACGACUCUCAUUUCUAACAAUUCUAUUUGGUAUUAUUAUUUUCUAUUGGCAACUGACGCAGCAUAUUCAAUAG